AUGGCUGAGCUGUGUUUGUCAAGAAGCUGCAUUUCACAGAUUUAUCGCGUCGUUUGCACUGAUUUUAUUCUGUUGUUUUCUUUCGUUUUCUGUCACCCUCUUUACUUGUCAUACUUCGUUUUCUUCUCACCGUAUCUUUACAAACUAGUGUCGUUUCUUUCUCCUCUUUUCGUUACAAUCUCUCUGGUUCUCUUGGCUCUCAUUUUAGAUAAUUUUACGCCUAAGUUGUUUCAGCCUGGCAGCAGUUUUCUGCUCUCGGCAUUCUCUGCAGUUUUCGACGUAUUGAGCUCAAAAUGUGCCGAGGAUUUUCAGGAUUUCGAGGAGCUUGAAGUGUAUAAAAUCGUGUUUUUGUUGGAUGAGAGUCAUGAGACCGAGACGUCUGGUUCUGAUCUAGUGGAAAGCUCAGAAGCUGAAGUAUCCGAGCCUGAGUGCGAAGAAAAAUACUGUCUCGAAGAUGUUCAUCACAUUCUUGCUCUCAGUCCAGGCUCCGAGACUCGGUCAAGUACGUUAUACUUAGCCGAGGCUACUGAAUUCCCAUUGAUUGAGGAAAAGAAAGAAAUGUUGCAUUCCACUUUGGAAAAAGAAGUUGAUUGUCAAGCCGCGAUUUUCAAUAAAGUUUUUGACGUGGAGCAAGAAUCCGAGGCUGUGGAUAUUAACAUCGACUGUAUAAACGUCGCAAAAGAACACGCAGGUACUGUAAAAUCGCGGAUAGACUCGUACAACAAAAUUGUCAAAAAAGCCGUUACAAAUGAACGGCGUGCUCUGAGUUUCGACCACGAGGGUUCAAAUCUCGCGAGCUACGGGUCCAUGAGAAAGGAAAAGGAAUGGAAGAGAACGUUAGCGUGCAAAUUAUUCGAGGAGCGACAUUCUAAUGUGGUGGGAGGAGGCGAAGGAAUGGACUCGCUUUGGGAGACAUAUGAGUCCGAUUCGACCAAGCCUACACGAAAAGAUGUAAAAAACAAGAACACGAAGAAAAAAACUUAUGAUCUCGACUAUAAUUGCAAUGCAGAUGAAGACGAUGAUGAAAUCGAGAUGACGAACGGGCAUCUUUGCUGUUUGCAAGCGUUCAAAUUCUCUGCAAGGAAGAUGAAUAUGGGAAUGGGAAGGAGUAACAUUGUUAAAAUUACCAAGGCCCUUAAAGGGAUCGGUUGGUUGCAUAAUGUUAAGAGGCAUGACAAAAAGGAGAAACCUUGA